AUGGCAGACAAUCACCUCCCCUCCUACACGGACCUGCUAAUCAUCGGCGCCGGCCCAGCAGGACUGAUGGCCGCGUGCUGGGCGGCGCAAUUCGACAUGCAGACGCGGAUCAUCGACCAGAAGCCCGGACGGACACCCACGGGCCAUGCGGACGGGCUGCAGAGCCGCACGCUGGAGAUCCUGGAUAGUUUCGGGGUGGUGGACCCGAUUCUGCGGAAGUCGGUGCGGCAUGCGGAGAUGGCGUUUUGGGCGAUGAAUGAGCGAACGGGGUGUAUUGAGCGGAGGAAGCGGACAAAGUCCGUGCGGGGCAGCGCGGUGUUUGAUCAGCGGUUGUUGAAUCAGGGGGAUACGGAGCAGGUGUUUCUCGAUUAUCUGGGGGGGAAGAGGGGGAAGGUGGAGUAUGGGACACGGGCGAUUAAGUUGAUGGUGUCGGAGGCAGAUUCCGAGCGGGAUCAUCCAGUGGCGGUGGAGGUGGUUCCGGACCGAACCGAUGGAUCGGAAAUCAUUCGUGCUCGCUAUCUCAUUGCCUGUGAUGGUGCGCGUGGCUGGACCAGAAACCAGCUCGAGGUCCCCGUCGACAAGAAUCAGGGCCAGUCGACCUGGGCGGUCUUUGAUAUUGUGCCUAUCACGGACUUUCCGGACAUCCGCCAAUCAUGCGCGAUCAGCUCCGGGGAUCGUGGGAGUCUGAUGACUGCGCCGCGGGAGAACCGGCUGGUUCGCUUCUACAUCCAUCCCAAAGGCGACAAGGAGCUGUGCAACGACCACAGUGCGCGGGCAGAGCAGUCGCAGUCACUCGAGGAGCUGGUCAAGACGGCGGAGAGCUUGAUGGCCCCGUACAGCUUGACCUACAAGCAUUGUGACUGGUUCUCCCUCUACACGAUCAGACAGCAGCUCGUCCACCAGCUCCGGCCGCACGACAGGGUAUUUCUGGCCGGCGAUGCGGCCCACACUCACUCUCCCAAGGCAGGCCAAGGAAUGAACGUGUCGAUGCAGGACACAUAUAACCUGGUGUGGAAGCUGGAAAUGGUGAUCACAGGGGCCGCCAACCAAAGCAUCCUGGAGACAUACGAGUCGGAACGACGACCGGUGGCAGACGAGCUGUUGCAGCUGGAUGGAGAGCUGGUCGGUGCGUAUGAGCAGGACGACGGUGCAUCCAAGGGGAUUGAGAAUGUUCGGGACCGGUACUCCGAGUUUAUCUCGGGGCUGGGGGUGACCUACGGGCCGGAUGCACUCGUGGCCGACAGAUCUGCCGAAGGUCGAGCAGAGAAUAUACGCGUGGGCAGACGGCUGGAUCCGUUCUAUGUGAUCAACCACGCCGAAGGUGUCUCCAUGAGCCUGGGGAGCAGGCUUGUAAGCGAUGGCUCGUGGAGGUUACUGGUUUUCGCCGGUGACAUCCGUGACGCGGGCCGUCGCCGUCGCCUGGAUUCGUUCGCCCAGGAGGUCAGAGACUAUCCGUGCCUUGCGCACUUGGUGGAGAAGCGACAUGGCACUCGGACCGGGUGGCUUCUGGAGGCUAUUCUUGUAUAUGCGGGCCCCAGGGCGGCGACUGAGCUGCUGGGACUGCCCGACCUCUUCCAUCCGUUUGACGAUACAUGGGGAUGGGACUACACAAGAGUAUUCACGGAUGAAGGCCCAUAUGAGCCGGGGUGCCGGGGUGUCUAUGACGGCUACGGCAUAGACAGGGAUACAGGAUGUGUUGUGCUCUGUCGACCAGACCAGCAUGUGGCUUGGGUGGGAGGUCUGGACGAAGUGGCGGAGCUUGAGAGCUACUUUUCUGCCUUUAUGAAGCAUACAUCAUCAGACUAG